AUGUUACUCUACCAGGACUUGCUAACUGGGGAUGAGCUUCUCUCAGACUCCUUCCCUUAUAAGGAAAUUCAUAAUGGGAUCUUGUGGGAAGUUGAAGGAAAGUGGGUGGUAAAGGGUGCUUUGGAUGUGGACAUUGGUGCUAACCCGUCUGCUGAAGAAGGUGGUGAAGAUGAGGGUGUUGACGAUCAAUCUGUCAAAGUUGUCGAUAUUGUUGACACAUUCAGGCUUCAGGAGCAACCUGCUUUCGAUAAGAGACAGUUUAUGGCAUACAUGAAGAAGUUUAUCAAAGUGUUGAUAACAAAGUUGGAUACUGCUAAUACAGAGGUAUUCAAGAAGAACAUCGAAGGAGCUAUCAAAUUUUUGUUGUCCAAAAUCAAUGACCUCCAAUUUUUUGUUGGAGAGAGCAUGCUCGACGACGCCACUCUAGUCUUUGCCUACUACAAAGAUGGUGCAACUGACCCGACAUUUUUAUAUCUCGGCCAUGCUUUGAAAGAAGUCAAGUGCUGAAAUAACAAGAAUUUAGACAUAAUUAUUAGUUUAG